ACGGCGCAUUCGUUUCUGUGUCCUGUGUUUCAUUGUGAUUUUCUUUUUGGUUUUCCGGAACACGUUAUUGUUGCAUCAGAUAGUGGACAAUGGCAGGUACAGAAGAUCAAUCCUUUGAUUAUGGCUUCUUACUGCGCAUAAGCGAGGAUGCUCGCAGGGUUGAGGCUCUCAAUGAGUACUUGAGCAGUCGCAGUUACCUAGCCGGCUAUGGGCCUUCGCAGGCGGAUGCUGAAGCCUUUUCGCUUUUCCACGGGCCCCCACCCGAGCGGCAUGUCCAUGCCCUUCGCUGGUAUAAACACAUAGCCACCCUGAAGCCCCAAAUGAAUGAACAGACCCCAGAAUGCAGCACAAAGGGAAAACGGGUGCAGCCACCUUGGUCUCCCCCAGGAGGAACUGACAUUUCAAAGCUGCAUUUCUACAACAGCCUCACACGAACCAAGGAGUUGUUUGUACCACAAAGGGGAAACAGAGUUUUGUGGUACUGCUGCGGCCCAACAGUGUAUGAUGCUUCUCACAUGGGUCAUGCCAGAUCCUACAUUUCAUUUGAUAUCCUCCGAAGAAUAUUGAAGAACUAUUUCAAAUAUGACGUCUUCUACUGUAUGAACAUCACAGAUAUUGAUGACAAGAUCAUCAAAAGAGCCCGACAGAACUAUCUGCUGGAGCAGUAUAGAGAGAAGCAGCCCAGUCCCUCUCAGAUACUGCUGGAUGUGUUAACAGCUAGAGAGCCCUUCAAAGCCAAGCUUGGUGAGUCUACAGACCCAGAUAAGAAGCAGAUGCUGGAGAGGCUGGAAGCAGCAGUUGACGCUGCCCUAGGUCCCCUGCAGGUGGCAGUGCAGAGCAAAGCUGCUGAUGGAUCAAUCCAGAAUCAGGCAGAGGUUUUAUUGGAGGAGGCCAAGGAUCUUUUAUCAGAUUGGUUAGACUCCCAGUUUGGUAGCCAAGUGACCGAAAACUCAAUCUUCUCUUUGUUGCCAAAGUACUGGGAGGGAGAGUUUCAUAAAGACAUGGAAUCUCUAAAUGUUCUUCCUCCUGAUGUUCUCACACGGGUCAGUGAGUAUGUGCCAGAGAUCGUGGCAUUUGUCAAAAGGAUUCUGGACAAUGGUUAUGGAUACGAAUCAAAUGGAUCAGUAUAUUUUGACACAGCAAAGUUUGAUGCCUGUCCUUCUCACUCUUAUGCCAAACUGGUACCAGAGGCCGUUGGUGAUCAGAAGGCUCUUCAAGAGGGAGAAGGAGACUUGAGUAUCUCAGCAGACAGACUCAGUGAAAAGAGAUCACAGAAUGACUUUGCGUUGUGGAAAGCCUCCAAGCCUGGAGAACCAUCCUGGGACUCCCCAUGGGGCAAGGGAAGACCUGGGUGGCAUAUUGAGUGUUCAGCCAUGGCUGGAUCCAUAUUGGGAGAGUCUAUGGAUAUCCACGGAGGAGGAUUUGACUUGCGUUUUCCUCAUCAUGACAAUGAGUUGGCGCAGUCUGAGGCCUACUUUGAGAAUGAUUACUGGGUGCGGUAUUUCUUGCACACAGGUCACCUGACCAUUGCUGGAUGCAAGAUGUCCAAAUCUCUGAAGAACUUUAUUACUAUCAAAGAUGCCCUAUCUAAACAUUCAGCAAGGCAGCUUCGUUUGGCCUUUCUAAUGCAUUCAUGGAAAGACACAUUGGAUUACUCAAACAACACAAUGGAGUCGGCCAUCCAGUAUGAAAAGUUCAUAAAUGAGUUCUUCCUAAAUGUUAAAGAUAUUCUUAGGAGCCCUACUGACAUCACUGGCCAGUUUGAGAAAUGGGAGGCCGAGGAGAUUGAACUGAACAAAAGUUUCUAUGAGAAGAAGGCAUCAGUGCAUGAGGCGCUGUGUGACAACAUAGACACUCGUUCUGCUCUGGAGGAGAUGCGGGCUCUGGUCGGUCAGAGUAACACCUACAUGGCAGCCAGAAGGAGUGCAAAACUGCUGCCCAAUCGCAUGGUGCUCGAGAGCAUCGCCCUAUACUUGACCGACAUGCUUAAGAUAUUUGGAGCGAUUGAGGGAACUGAGCCCAUUGGAUUUCCUGUUGGUGGAAAUGGACAGAAUGCUGAUCUGGAGAGCACAGUCAUGCCCUAUUUGUCAGUGCUGUCAGACUUCAGGGAAGAUGUCAGAAAAAUUGCAAGAGAAAAGAAAGUGACAGAAUUACUGCAGCUCUGUGAUGUAUUACGUGAUGACACUUUACCCGAGUUGGGUGUCCGACUGGAGGAUCGAGAUGGUCUUCCCACAGGGGUAAAGCUGGUGGACAAAGAGACACUGCUGAAGGAAAGGGAGGAGAAGAAAAAGUUGGAAGAGGAAAAGACAAAGAAAAAAGAGGAAGCUGCCAGGAAAAAACAAGAACAAGAGAUGGCAAAGCUGGCAAAAAUGAAGGUUAAACCAAGUGAGAUCUUCCGGUCAGAGACUGACAAAUACUCUAGCUUUGAUGAAACGGGCUUCCCAACGCAUGAUGUUGAGGGGAAGGAGCUCAGUAAAGGAUUGACCAAAAAGCUUCGCAAGCUUUACGAGGCCCAAGAGAAGCUUUACAAUGAAUACCUCCAAUAAACACAGAAUGGAAGCUGAGAAUAUGACACAUUGAUUCUGAUGUGACCUGUGAUCCGCCCAUUGUGUCUGUUGUGAACUCUUCUUGUGUUUGUAAAAAGGCGGCAAGACCAAAAGAGCUCAUCUUUGAGUUUUGGCCCAAACGUUGGCAAAGUUUUGCCACAAGUCCUUCUGAUCAUGAUUAGAAGGUUAUCAUUUCCUGAUGCUAUAGCAAAAGGUAUUUUAUGACUUGAUCAUUUUGACACACAGAACAAAAAUGUGAGGAUAUAAUAAUCUUUCUGAUGUAGGUUUUGAUGGUUAAUUAGAGGAAUGUAAGGAUGGCUCAGACAUUUAAUGUUUUCAAUAUUGAUUCAAUAUUGCCUUUUUAAAAAACAAAAAAAUGGUUGUUCAAAUAGGAUUUUUUCUGAAGCAAUGUUUACACAUAAGCCAAUGAUAUAUAUGAUUCCUCCAGAAACACCAUCUCUCAGAUGAUACAGGAAUGAAGGGACUGAAGGUUUGCAAGUUAACCACAAAAGGAAACAGAGGCAUAUAUAGGAGAACCAGUCAUUAUUAGUAUAACAUACUCUUUAUAAGAACAUGAAGUACCAAAAUAAAAAAAGAUUCUG